AUGCCAAACAAAUCAAAGCAAAAUACCACAAAAUCCAAUAAAACGAAAAGCAAAUUAACUCCUGCUACGAAUAAUACCCCGGAUAACACUGACAAUACUAAUAAACGAGAACAGCCUGUGGAUAAGAAAUUCGCGCUUGUAGCUGAGAAGCCUGCCACACCUGGUGAAAUGGCGUUAGCAAACAGAGAAGAAAAGCUUGGUACGGAAAACGUCAGCAAAAACCCAUAUGUUGAAGUGGUCCAGAAAAGACUUCGAUCUUUGGGAAAACGACGGAUGAAGCAUCUUCAAUAUGAAGAAAUACUGAGAUCGGGGGACCAGACACUAAACCCAGAUCAACUUCAGACAUUGAAGCUGAAAGAUAACGUCGAAUUCGCUAUACAAGAAUUAGAGUCGAUCAUAAAAAGCUUAAAUUCUGUUGAAAAUGAAGUAUGUCUGCUUUGUGUUUUCAUCUACCAAUUUUGA